GAGGAGCAGCAGCAGGGCACGGACAGGAGGCGGUGACUAGAAGCUCCAACGGUUCCGUCCUUCCCAGGGACAGUUGUUGGGCGUUGACGUUGAGAGUGCGCUACCGCUCCUGCAAUUCGGGGCUCAACUUGCGGCGCCACGGCACGGGGAGCUUCGUGUAGCCCAAGGCAGGUGCGGACGUUGGUGACAUGACUGCGGGAUCGAUGGUGAAUGCGGGUCAGAGCCAGGGCUCGGGAGCGGCUGUGGAAUGCAGGGAUCGGCUGUCGGUGGAGGGGCAGGGGGCUGAGCUGGAUCCGUCCACUGGUGGCGCGGGAGGCAGCGGCAAGUGCGCCGAGGAGUGCGGCGGGGGGGUUGAAGGGCAGGCGGAUGACGAGGGCGGUGACGUGGGCAAGGGCUGUGCGGCGCUGCACGGCAACGGACCUGAUCCGCCACGCCACCACGCGCAACGCACCGCGCCACAAGAGCACCGCGACCACGACGAGGGCCCGCAGCAGCGGCGCGGGGGACCGGUUGCACCGCCGCAGGCGGAGCGGCAGGGCUUGUCGGAUGCGCAUGUGCACGAGGCCCGCGGUUCGUGCGCGCACUUGUGCUCGUGGGCGUCCCGGUCCGAGGAGCACGGCGCUGACGUCACCGUGUGGCACAUCGCCUGCUGCCACGCGCCCCCGCACCCCGCCCACUCACCUCCCCCGUUACCCUCGCGUCGUGACUGUAUGGGGCCACAGCAGGCAAGCGGCGGCGACGCGGGUGCUGGAAUUGGCGAAAGGCACGGCGCCUCAGCCGUCGCGCAGGUCAGUGGCGACGCGCGGCCCUGCUCGUCCCGCUGGGAAUAGGCGUCUCACCUUUUUUAUUGAUUUC